UCCCUAUUCCAUCCCUCAAGUCACCCUAUAUAUACCCUACAAUCCCAUCAACCCAUCUCCAUGAGCUUUGCUUUAGGCUACUAAGUCUUCUUGUUCUCUCCAUCCAUUAGUUUCAAGUUUUCUUCUUAGCCAACAAAAAUGUCUGGUGUUUGGGUUUUCAAGAACGGUGUGGUUCGCUUGGUCGACAACCCGGGGACUGAGUCAUUCGACAGGAGCCGACAGGGUUCCAACACUCGUAGAAAAGUGCUUGUACACACUCCUUCCAACGAAGUGAUCACUUCCUACGCAGAACUCGAGCGAAAGUUAUGGUCUCUAGGAUGGGAAAGAUACUACGAUGAUCUCGAUCUCCUCCAGUUCCACAAACGAUCCACCGUGCAUUUGAUCUCUCUCCCUAAGGAUUUCAUCAAGUUCAAGACGAUUCACAUGUAUGAUAUCGUCGUCAAAAACCGAAAUGAGUUUGAAGUUAGGGAUAUGUAACAACCCUAAUUUGCAUGCUGAUGACCAUCUUGAUUUCUUCUUCUUUAUUUACAUUUGGGUGUGUGAUGAUAGAUUUAUUUUGAGAUUUUGGUAUUUCUUUUGUAAAAUAUACAUAUGGGAAAGCUUGGUACGUAACUUGUCAUC